UCUCCCUAUAAAAACUAAACCUCCCCAAAUUUCCCUCACGCUCAAAAAUUCGAAAUAAUAAAACUGAGGACCCCCCUCUGUUCCUCUUCCUCAUCCUCCAUCCCGACAGGUCUAAAUGGCUCGUACUAAGCAAACCGCACGCAAAUCCACCGGUGGCAAAGCUCCUCGCAAACAACUCGCCACCAAGGCUGCAAGAAAGUCUGCUCCCACCACUGGCGGUGUCAAGAAGCCUCAUCGUUACCGUCCUGGAACUGUAGCUCUCCGUGAGAUCCGUAAGUACCAGAAAAGUACUGAACUCUUGAUCAGGAAGUUACCUUUCCAACGUCUUGUCCGUGAAAUUGCACAAGAUUUCAAGACGGAUUUGAGGUUUCAAAGCCAUGCUGUUCUUGCGCUUCAGGAGGCUGCAGAGGCCUAUCUUGUUGGUUUGUUUGAGGAUACUAAUCUUUGUGCUAUCCAUGCCAAGAGGGUCACCAUCAUGCCUAAGGAUAUCCAACUUGCCAGGAGAAUUCGUGGAGAAAGGGCCUAAAGGUUGAUGUUUGUUCAUUUUGGUUCUAUUUGUUUGCUUAGGUGGGUCAUUAAUGUGUUUCUACUAUCAGGUCUACUGUGUUAUUCUAAUAUGAACUGCUGUAUUCUAAUAAUUUAACAUUUGCAUUUCGUGUGAUUUCACUUUAUGUUUAAUAUGAAGCUAUGGUAUUAUGUUU